AUUACUUUCAGUUUUGUUUCUCUUGCAGGUAGUCAACUACCGGCAGUAGCGGGAUUUCGGGGCUCCCCGCGUCCUGCUGGGAGAGUCCAAGAUCAGCUGUGGCUGGGCUCCAUACUUCCCACAGCGUUUGCAUGUUGACGUCUGGUGGGUGUCGGUAAGACACAAAGUGGAAGAAAGAAGGCUUUCCCCUGGUAUCCAGUGCCUCCCACAAGCCGCAGCCUACCAAACACCCAGCAUGAACUCCAAAAUCUCCUCCCCAACCCUGCUGGAAGCUCUGAGCAGCGAUUUCCUAGCCUGUAAAAUCUGCUUGGAGCAACUCCACACACCCAAGACUCUCCCAUGCCUACAUACCUAUUGCCAGGACUGUCUGGCCCAACUGGACAUCGGUGGCCAGGUCCGCUGCCCCGAGUGUCGGGAGAUUGUACCUAUACCCCCCGAAGGUGUGGCCGCCUUUAAGACCAACUUCUUUGUCAACGGGCUCUUGGAUCUCGUCAAGGCCAGAGCUCCUGGAGACAUCCAUUCAGGGAAGCCAACCUGCGCUCUGUGCCCUCUGGUGGGAGGCAAGAGCUCCGGGGGACCCGCCACAGCCAGGUGCUUGGACUGUGCGGAUGAUUUAUGCCAGGCCUGUGCCGAUGGGCACCGCUGCUCCCGCCAGACCCAUAAACACCGUGUCGUUGACUUGGUGGGUUACAGAGCCGGGUGGUACGACGAAGAGGCUCGCGAGCGCCAGGCAUCCCAGUGUCCCCAGCACCCAGGGGAAGCCCUCUGCUUCCUCUGUCAGCCUUGUUCUCAGUUGCUCUGCAAGGAUUGCCGCCUGGGUCCCCAUAUUGAUCACCCCUGCUUGCCCCUGGCGGAAGCCGUGCGUUCCAGGAAGCCAGGUCUUGAGGAGUUAUUGGCAGGUGUGGACAGCAAUCUGGUGGAGCUAGAGGCCACUCGGGUGGCGGAGAAGGAAGCCCUGGCCUUGCUUCGGGAGCAGGCAGCCAGUGUGGGGACGCAGGUGGAGGAGGCAGCUGAACGAAUCCUCAAGUCCCUGCUAGCCCAGAAGCAGGAAGUGUUGGGACAACUCCGGGCCCUCGUGGAGGCUGCCGAGGAGGCUACCAGGGAGAGGCUGACCAAGAUAGAGGGCCAAGAGCAGGUGGCCAAGGCCGCUGCUGCCUUCGCCCGUCGAGUGCUCAGCCUGGGGCUAGAGGCCGAGAUCCUUUCGCUGGAGGGAGCAAUCACACAGCGCCUGCGCCAGCUUCAAGACUCUCCCUGGACGUUGGGGCCCACCCGCUGUGUGCUGCCCCAUCUGGAGCUCCAUCCUGGGCUGGAGGACAAGAACUGCCACCUGCUCCGACUCUCCUUUGAGGAGCCAAAACAGUCCCAGAAGGACAAUGGGAAGGGUGGAGCCGGUGCCCAAGGAGGUGCCCAAGGAGGAGCCGAAGCUGAAGGCCAAGGGGAAGAUAGAAGCAAGAUCACGAAGCAGGGUGGAGCCCAGCCCCUGACUCCCAAAGAGGGCAAAGUCCAGAGCCCCCAAGAAGAUGACGAGGUAGUCGUUGAAAGGGGUAACAGGCCUAACAAGAAGAAAAAGUGCAAAGGCAGGGGCAAGUCCGUGUCUCGGGAGCCCAGCCCCAUCCUGAGGCCAAACCUAGAAGGUUCAGGCCCCCUCCCUCGGCCUGUUUUUUCCUGGAGUUUCCCCACCAGGAUGCCUGGGGACAAGCGCUCCCCGCGUAUCACAGGGCUCUGUCCCUACGGCCCCCAGGAGAUCUUGGUGGCAGAUGAGCAGAACAGGGUGUUGAAACGCUUCUCCCUCAAUGGGGACUACAAGGGCACAGUGCCGGUCCCCGAGGGCUGUUCCCCCUGCAGCGUGGCUGCCCUGCAGAAUGCAGUGGCUUUCUCUGCCAAUGCAAGGCUCUACCUUGUCAGUCCUGAGGGGGAAGUUCAAUGGCGCAGGUCCCUGAGCCUCACGCAGUCCAGCCACGCUGUGGCCGCAAUGCCAUGUGGAGACCGGGUGGCUGUCAGCGUGGCAGGCCACGUAGAGGUAUACAAGAAAGAAGGCAACCUGGCUACCCGGUUUAUCCCUGGAGGCAAGGCUAGUCGGGGCCAGCGGGCCCUGGUGUUCCUGACCACCAGCCCCCAGGGCAAUUUUGUAGGGUCAGAUUGGCAGCAGAACAGUGUGGUUUUCUGUGAUGGGCUGGGUCAGGUGAUCUGGGAAUACAAGGGUCCUGGGUUACAUGGCUGCCAGCCAGGGUCUGUGUCUGUGGAUAAGAAGGGCUACAUAUUUCUGACCCUUCGAGAGGUGAACAAGGUGGUGAUCCUAGAUCCCAAGGGCUCGCUUCUUGGUGACUUCCUAACCGCAUACCACGGCCUGGAAAAGCCCCGGGUAACCACCAUGGUAGAUGGCAAAUACUUAGUGGUGUCACUUAGUAAUGGGACCAUCCAUGUCUUUAGGGUCAGGUUUCCUGACAGUUAAAGGGGCUUUUG